AUGACUUCCGGGAAUGAAGGAAAGACGAAUGCUACUGGAGUGGAGAAGCAAGAUGAAGGACAGACUGUUCCCGUUGUAAAGGGAGAUACCGACCAACAGGUUCCUAGUGCUAGCGCCAGAGGAGCCACUACAGUGGUGGCAGCGGUGGGCUAUGAACCCACGCCCUUUCGGAUGCGAGUGACCACGCCAUCAGUGGUGUUCUUUCACAAGCCGAUUCGUCAGGCGUUGAACGCCCGAUCUGCUACGCCAGCCGGUCACUAA